CAGUGGAAUAGCUCAGUCGGUAGCGAGUUAGAUUGUUGUCUGCUAGGACAGUGGAAUAGCUCAGUCGGUAGCGAGUUAGAUUGUUGUCUGCUAGGACAGUGGAAUAGCUCAGUCAGUAGAGAGUUGGAUUGUUGUCUGCUAGGACAGUGGAAUAACUCAGUCAGUAGCGAGUUGGAUUCUCAUCUCCUAGGACAGUGGAAUAACUCAGUCGGUAGCGAGUUGGAUUCUUAUCUCCUAGGACAGUGGAUAAGCUCAGUCCUAGGACAGUGGAAUAACUCAGUCAGUAGCGAGUUGGAUUCUCAUCUCCUAGGACAGUGGAAUAACUCAGUCAGUAGCGAGUUGGAUUCUCAUCUCCUAGGACAGUGGAAUAACUCAGUCAGUAGAGAGUUGGAUUGUUGUCUGCUAGGACAGUGGAAUAACUCAGUCGGUAGCGAGUUAGAUUGUUGUCUGCUAGGACAGUGUAAUAGCUCAGUCAGUAGUGAGUUAGAUUGUUGUCUGCUAGGACAGUGGAAUAGCUCAGUCGGUAGCGAGUUAGAUUGUUGUCUGCUAGGACAGUGGAAUAGCUCAGUCGGUAGUGAGUUAGAUUGUUGUCUGCUAGGACAGUGGAAUAGCUCAGUCGGUAGCGAGUUAGAUUGUUGUCUGCUAGGACAGUGGAAUAGCUCAGUCAGUAGUGAGUUAGAUUGUUGUCUGCUAGGACAGUGGAAUAGCUCAGUCGGUAGAGAGUUAGAUUGUUGUCUGUUAGGACAGUGUAAUAGCUCAGUCGGUAGCGAGUUAGAUUGUCAUCUGCUAGGUGAUUAG